AUGAUCCUGCCAUGGUUACCUUCCCUUUUGGAGGCAUACGAGUCUGAAAAAGACUGGUUUUAUAUUUUGUGCAAGCGAUAUGUCCAUGUCCUGAGUUUUGCUUUGGGAUUUGAAGAAGGUUCUACGUGGGACACAGUACUUAUUGGAGGUCUCCUAUCGUCAUUAUCAUCUUUGGCACAGUUCGCAUCAUCGCCUAUAGCUGGAGCUUUAUCAGACUACUUUGGGAGGAAGUUGGUUUUAGUUUUCCUUCAGAGCCCAAAUUUCGGUCGAUUGAUGGAACAAACAAUGCGUUUGUUAAACCCAGUGAAGUUGUUCUCUUUGUCUGAUACGACGAGAAGCACUAAAGAUAAGAAAUCUUUGCGUCAUUUGGCAAUCUUUUGGUUCGGCUACUUGUGCGUGUAUUGUGGGAUAGAAUAUACAUUAAUAUUUUUGGCUAGAGCUCGCUUUAAUUUUACAAGUGCUGAUCAAGGCAAAAUGUUCGGGUUUAUUGGACUACUCAUGAUGCUAGUUCAAGGCUUCUUCAUACGUCGCUUUAAACUUGGUGGAGAAGACAAAGCUAUUACAUGGAGUACAUGUUGUUUGAUUUUGGCGUCUGGUAUUCUCGGUUUCGCAACAAAUAUUUUCAUAUUCUAUAUUGGGUUAACUUUAUAUGCAUUCGCAUCAUCCAUCUUCUUUCCAAGUGUGAACGGUUUGGUUUCUUUGCACACUACUGCACAGCAACAAGGGCAAACGUUGGGUAUCUUCCGUUCGUUGAAUGCACUGGCUCGUGUGUUGGGUGCAGUGUUUGUAACCACAGUUUUCUGGAUUUAUGGACCCAGUAUAACGUAUAUGUUAUGUACUAUUUUCCUAAGUUUACUGCUUAUGUACAGGAAGAUUACUCAGUGUCAGUCUGAACAAACGUACAAAGAAAAAUGA